AUGGCUGACUGCACCGCCGCCCACACAGCACAAGCACCCACUGACUGGGCCAUAGCCUUUCAGACGAGGUUCGACGCCAUAUGCAGGCAAUUCUGGGACCGUCUGGAGCAUCAACACCAGUCGUCAACGCCACCACGGGCCAGCGGAGGGACCCAGACACCCGCAGCAUGGGAGCCAGCCAGAGCUCCAUACCCAGACCGGCGCAAGACCAAGGCGCAGCCGGAGGGGCCCCAACCGGGCAAAGCUACAGCUAAGCCGACGAAAAACAAGAAUGACAGUCCGCUUGGGAUGAGAGUCAUAAGGAGUAAGACUGCUUAUAGCUUGUUUUUAUCCAUCUACAUAACCUGUGACGGCGUACCUAACCUGUUGUUAUACUCCUAG